AUGCUGGUCCUGACCCUGUCUUCUGAAGCCAACCAGAGCCCAGUGCCUUUGGACUUAGGCCAGGACCUGGAGCAGGAGUUAGAUAUGGAGCUGACACGCCACAAACUGCUGCAGAGUCUCUCACAGCGUGCCGCAGAGGACCUCCUAUUGGCUCAGAUAACUGUACCUGAAGCCAAUGUUCUACCAGAGGGGCCGGCUGGUCAUGUGAACCUCCAGCGCUCUGUGGAGACAAGCCUCCCUCCAAGAGAGCGCAAGGCUGGCUGCAAGAACUUCUACUGGAAGGGCUUGACUUCCUGUUAG